AUGAAUGAUGACUUUGCUGCAUGGAUAUUUGGCUCAGAGUUUACCAGUGGUGAAUAUGAAAUGGACGUUUGUCUCUCAGGCUCUGAUUUAAUGACGCAAGAGACAAGUGGGGAUCUUGUGGAUCCAGAGCUCCUUCAACUUCAACACGUGAGCUCUCUUUGGUUUACUAACGUCUGGAAGCCAUUAUCGAGCGAAACACCUCAUUCAAGCCUUGAAGACCCGGCACAGGGUGGAAAUGCAACGCUCGAUGAACAGUAUCGACAAAGCAUCCGGAAAAAACUGCAAAUAGCUUCAUAUGAGCCCACAGUUCCCUCGGCAGAUACGUUGAACAUGUGUAUUCACUAUUAUUUUGCUAAGACACAACCCGUGUUUCCAAUCGUUCAUCCGGCCACUUUUAUGCCAUGCAAAGCAAAUGCAAACCUCAUAAUCGUGAUGUGCGCCUUUGGGCUUCUAUUUACUGGCUCUGAUCAUGGUUUGCAGCAGGGUCUUCAUAUCUUCGAAAGAAUCCAGAAGGCUUCGCUACAAACUUGGGAGAAUUCUGUUGGCAGAAGCCGAGAAAUGAUAGUCUCAAUCAUUUACGGUGCAUCACUGGCACAGGUAUUUGGCAUGCUAUCAGGGAGCGCAAAAACACUGCUCAAUGUCGACGCGUUCCAUGGACCACCAAUAUCAUGGGCCAGGAACUUGAAACUUGAUCAACCAGCGGUUGAUAUCUUAGUAGAGCACGAAACAGGGGGCACGCUUCUUGAGGAACAAUGGCGGAGCUGGGCCCGUCGCCAAGAGUUAAUUCGCGUGGUGCAUGCACUUUACAUCGUUGACGCCGAACUUGCCAGCAUUCUGCACCAUGAGCCAAUUCAAAGCUUUGAAUCCUACAAAUUCUCUCCCACAUGCUCCGAGACUGUGUUCAUGGCACCGAACGCCAUUGAUUGGAAACAUAAGCUCCUAGCAGAAACCCGCCAACUAAAGGACCGGCCAGCUUCGUUUGACGGUCGAAUUCUAUUAUCAGAUCCGGAUAGCCUUCGCCGAAUCCCCGCACAUAGCCGAUUCACUGCCUAUGCCGUGCUAGAAGGCAUCAGUAUGCGAGUAAUUUCAUGGCGGAAAUCUCUCGCCGAACAGGUUCCAGCCACUAGGGAGUUUGACGACCUUCUCAUUGCAUUCUAUACCCGAUUCCUGGACCGUCGGCAACAACAACCAAGCCACGACUCCCUUCAACUGGAAAUUCUGUGGCAUCUUGUUUACAUGGAAACAUCCGCAGAUUUCAAUCUUCUGGAAAAGGCUAUCGGUCGUGAAGGUACCCGGCUAGAACCAGCAGAGCUCUCAGCUAUUAUGGCCUGGGCAACUUCUCAAGAUGCCGAACGAUCUAUACUCCAUGCAUCCAUGAUUCAAAAACAUGUUCAAACCAUGAGUGUUGUCUCGGAAUUUGCGAUUCAUGUUCCGCGCGCCCUCUUCUGGGCAGGGUUGGCACUAAUCUGCUACAUGCGCUUCGGAUCUAAGUCAAUUAUUUCACCCGAAUCUUCGCCUCCAAGCAAUCAUCACUUCCCAGAGCUUGCUUUUUUUGGCAUGGCUGAAUUUAUGCCCAAUAGUGGGAUAGGUGAGCGUAGGUUUGAUGGUGCUUUUUCCCAGAAAACUCUUCUCUUUUCAAUCAUUGACCUACUGGACCGUAUUGGACAUUGGGAGCUUGCUCGCAAAUUUGCCAGCAUUUUAAGGGCUUCCACUGUCUUUGUAUCUGAUAAUCAUGAUAUCCGAAUUUAA